GUCAGUCAGUAGUUUGACAGUCGCGGCGCGGAGCGGUCAUUGCGUUCGCGAGAUAAGUGUGUGCUCUGUUUAUAAUUGAGGAUAUUUUGUUUAUCAACCAUGAUUUCGGACGCCGAGCUCCACGAGCCCAAACAGGGCGGCGACAUCACGUUCAUGGACAUGAUUGACGAGGCCGAGGCCCGCGGCGAGUCCCAAAUACAGAAGUUCCUGUCUGGAUCCACGAUACUUGUCACUGGAGGCACAGGGUUCCUGGGGAAACUGCUGGUGGAGAAGUUACUAAGAACAUGUCCAGACAUAAAGAAGAUCUAUCUUCUGGCGCGACCAAAGAAGAACAAAGAAAUACAGAAAAGACUACAGGAACAGUUUGAGGACCCGCUGUACGAACGCCUACGCAAGCAGGUCCCCGACUUCAUGUCAAAGAUCGGUGUGGUCGAAGGGGACGUGGGGAAACUGGGCCUCGGGAUCAGCGAGAGUGACAGACAGACGGUUGUUGACGAGGUUGACGUAAUCUUCCACGGCGCAGCAACGCUUCGCUUCAACGAACCUCUUCGGGAUGCAGUCUUCAUAAACGUCAGAGGCACCAGAGAAAUGAUGCUGCUGGCGCGGGCCUGUACCAAGCUGAAGGCGAUGGUCCACAUCUCUACUGCAUACAGCAACUGCACCCUGAGCGAGAUAGACGAGGUGUUCUACGAGAGCCCCAUCCCCGGAGACAAGCUCAUCGAUCUAGCAGAGAGCCUGGACGAGAAGACAAUUAACAGCAUCACACCUGGACUGCUUGGAGACUUCCCCAACACAUAUGCGUACACCAAGGGUGUAGCCGAGGAUGUCCUGCAGAAGUACUCCCAGGGUCUACCCGUCGCUGUCGUCAGACCUUCGAUUGUGAUUGGAACUGCGAAGGAUCCAGUAGCAGGGUGGAUUGACAACGUAUACGGGCCUACAGGGGUGAUAGUAGGCGCUGAGCUAGGCCUGCUCCACGUGCUCCACGCCGCCCCAAACGCCUCCGCGUCGCUCGUGCCAGGCGACGCGGUCGCCGCCGCGUGUGUGGCCGCGGCCUGGAGCGUGUCGCGCGCCGAGAAUCACCAGGCGCCAGCCAGGGACGCCCCGCCGCUCUACCACUGUGUGUGCUCGGAGAAGGCCCCUAUUACUUGGAGUAAAUUCAUGUCCCUAUCCGAGACCCACGGGCUGAGCGUGCCCCCCAUGCAGGCCAUGUGGUACUACAUGCUGACGCUGACCAACUCCAGGGCCAUGUACACCUUCCUGGCGCUGCUGAUGCACUGGAUCCCGGCUUACAUCAUCGAUGGAGUGUGUAUAGUCCUCGGAAAGAAGCCACAAUUAAUAAAAGCCUACACAAAGAUCGAGCAAUUCGCCGGCGUGAUCGAAUUCUUCGCCCUCCGCGAAUGGCGCUUCCACAACAACAACAUGACGCGCCUUUUCAACGAGAUGUGCGACGCCGACAAGCAUAUCUACGACUUCGACACUAGCGCCAUCGACUGGAACGAGUUUUUGUCAAACUACAUGAAGGGAAUCCGAGUCUAUCUGCUGAAAGACCCGGUGUCGACUAUUCCUGAGAGUCUUAAGAGGCACAAAAGGCUCAAGUGGCUCCAUUACGCGCUGCUAACUGUAGUUUGUUUGUCAGUUUUGAGGUUAUUAUGGUUUUUUGUGUCGUUUUUGUUUUGA